AUGGAAGAAAAUGAUUUAAAUAAUAAUAAUAAUGAUGAUGAUGAUGAUGAUGAUAAUGAUAAAGGAGAAAAUUGUAAGAAUGAAAAAGAAUCGAUUAAUAAUUAUGAUAUCGAUGAUGAUAAUUACGACAAAGAUGAUGAAGAUGAGGAUGAUGAUGAUGAUGAUGAUUGUGAAGGUUUCUUUCUUAUUGAACCCGCCGGAAACGGAAGUAUAAACAUAACGGAAAAAAUUGCUGAAGCAAAUAAGAAACUUUACGAAGAAUCCGAUGAGGAAAUAAUAAACGAUAGAAAACAUUUUCGAAAAGUACAAUUCAGCGAUAAUUUAGUUAAUUUCGAACCAGAUUCGAAUAUUGAUUUUAUAGAAACGACAGAAGAUAAUUAUUCAACAUUGGAAGAAGAUGACAAAUUAAUUGGUAUAUCCGAAGAUGAUUAUGUAGGUGAAGACGAAGAUGUUUCGUCACAGGAUGUAUAUGAGAAAAUCAUUGAAAACGAUUUGGAAAUUCAAAAUUUCAUCGAAUCUGAUAAGAAAAAUGAUGUAGUCGAUGAAGAUGUAAAUGAUGGCGACCAUGAUGAUGACGUGGAAGAAGAAAUAAAAGAAGAAAUAUUAAAUAUAGAAAAUGUUAAUGAUGAUAAUUUAUUAGAUUUAUAUACGUCGGAGAAAAAUAAAAAAACAAACAACAAACUUUUAAUAUUAUUACCACAAAAACAAAAUUCUAGCACGGAAUCAAUCGUUGGUGAAAUUAUAACAGAAGAAGAAGAAGAAGAAAGUUUUAACAACAACAACAACAACCAAAAAAAAAAUGAUAAAAAAAAAAUGGAUGAUGAUGAAUGCGGUAAAAAAAAAUUAAACAUCGUUAAAAUCGAUGAAAAAUAUUUAAAUAAUAUUUUCGAAUAUAAAAAAUGUGAAAAAAGGCCAAAAAGUUCUGUUGGACGAUUUGGUGGCAUGAUUUGUAAAACGACAGAAAAAAACAAUCGUCCAAAAACGGCACCGAUAAAAAGAAAUUGUUACGUCAUCAAAACAGAUCUACCUGUUUACAAUGGAUUAAGAUCAGAAUAUGGUUUGAGUGCUGAACAACUCAUCGAAAGAAAAGAGAAAUCUAAAAAAAUAAAAGAACAAAAGAAGCAAAAUAAAUUAAAUAAGGAAAAUGAAGAAAGGAUUAAAAUGUACGAAAGGGAAGAAAAUUUUCAAUCGUGGCUUAUGAAGAAAAAAAAAACGCAAAACGUUAAAAAAACCGUUAAAAAAAUUAACGAUACACUUACCAGAUCAGAUGUGUAUAUUCAAACCCACGCUUCAUAUGCCACUAAUCGUAACGUACCAUAUUCCAUCGAUUAUUCUUAUAAAAAAUUAUUACGUAAUAAAAAAAAUCCUACCACGGUGGUAAAAUCUAAAAAAAUUAUAUCCCUAGAUAAAAUAUUUAAUGAAAUAAAACCGAAUUUAACAUUAAAAUGUUUUAAUUUGUACGUCGGUUUAAAUGAAAAGUAA